AUGCGAUCGGUUUCGUAACUUUUCGAGUGGGAUAACGCGUCGAGAUCAAUGGUGGUUUCUUCGUGAAGGAUGCGAUUCGCGUCGACAUUUGAGGUGUGCAGCGCGGUGCAGCGCGUGAGGAGUCGCGUUCUAUGGGCGGUCUAUGAUCUGCGCUUUGACAAUGAAGGUGCACUGUGGUCAGCAUCCGCGGAUAAGACAGUAAGACGGUCUGAUCUUAUCACUAAAGCGGAUGAUACUGCUUUGGAACAUCCCGACUUUGUCCAGGACAUCUUGGUGACACCCACUGGAUCUUGGGCAGUAACCGCAUGUCGUGAUGAGGAAGUAAGAGUAUUCGAUAUUGGCAGCGGUUCACUAGUGAAGGUGAUCAAAGGGCAUUACGAUGAAGUAUCGGCGCAGGCAAUGUGGGGAAACAUGCUUGCGAGUGCAAGUUUGGAUGGAACCAUCAGGCAGUGGUCCAUGGUGAAGCCGAUGUGCGAGCAAUGAAGAAGGUUGUCUGGGAAGAGGAGGAUGUUGAGGAAUAGGACAAGCCAGCAACAGGGCUAACUGCGGAACAAGAGGCUGAAUUGGCCGAGUUGAUGGGUGGUGACGACGAUCUUUGAUUAGAUCUCUGGGGUACAAGUGGCCUCACAACCAGCGCAAGACAGACAACAUAGACCGGCAGAAGAGCCUUGGGCCUUACACAUGAGAAAGUGAGUUCUUGGCGAAGGAGCGUUUACGUCUGCUGGUCAGGUUUCAAAACGUUAAGCCGGCCCGUGGAACU